GCAGGAAGUGGCCGGCGGCUCCGUCCCGCUCCCGGGGCUCCCCAAAACCCCGGCGCUUCCCGGGGGUCCCCGGUGGCACCGCCCAGGAGGGCACGGGCAGCCCCGGGGCACCGGCCCGGCCUUCCCCGGCCAUGGCGGGCCGGCUCCUGCCCCCUGACACCUGCCCGGCUCCGGGUGUGGAGGACGUUCCCCCUCUGCAGGUGUUCCCGCAGCACACGGUGACACGGGUGCCCGUGAUCCGCCACCGCGGCUCCAACACCCUCAACUUCCACUUCCACGACCCGGAGAGCCUCGGCACCGCCGGGAACGGCCAGGGAGCUCCCAAGAGCUCAGUGAAUGAGUGGUACCAGACCUGGCCGGCCAAGGAGGCCAAAGCCCCCGGCCCCCCGGGGCCCGCCCACCCCACCCCCAGCCCCAGGGCUGUCCCCGCACGGCCCCCGGGCUGGUCGGCGACCUGGACCAAGGACAGCAAGCGGCGGGAGCGGCGCUGGGUGAAGUACGACGGCAUCGGGCCCGUGGACGAGACGGGGAUGCCCCUCGCCUCUCGCUCGAGCGUCGACAGCCCCCGGGACUGGUACCGCAGCAUGUUCCGGCAGAUCCACCGCAAGCUGCCAGAGCCCGACUGGGACUCCCAUUCCUGCCCCUCCACGGCGCCUCCGUCGCCCCCCAAGCCGCGGAGGAGGGGGUCGGCCCCGGCCGAGCCCCCCGGAAUGCCCAACGGGAUGGACUGGACCCGCUGGGGUGACACCGGUGCCACCGCCCAGCCUGGCAGCAUUUUUGACUACGAACCGGGGCGGUUCUCUCCGCGGGAGCAGGCCCCGGCAGCAGCACGGCCGAAGCGGGCUCAGUCCAUCGAGGUGCUGCUGGAGCAGGAGCUGGAGCAGCUCAGCGAGGAGCUGGACAAGGACAUGAGGGACCUGGAGACGCGCUGGACCCCCCGCCAGAGCCCGGCCGCUGCUCCCACCGCUCGCUCCCCUGCUCCGGCCUCCCCGGCUGCUCGGAGCCCCCUGUCACCUCACAGGAGCCCCCUGUCACCCCCCGGGCUGUGGAGCCCCCCUGUCACCCUCCGCUCGCCUGCCACCCCCAGCAUGGAGCGGGGCGGGCUGGGGCUGGCCGGUGACCGGAGCCACGCAGCCCCCGGCAGAGACACCCUCAGGCCGGGGACCCUCCCCAGCUUGUCGGACCUGGGGGACCCCGUGGAGGCCGUGAAGAGGGAGGAGAAGAAGAUGAAAGCUGCUCGCCUCAAGUUCGACUUCCAAGCGGAGUCUCCCAAGGAGCUGACGCUGCAGAAGGGGGACAUCGUCUACAUCCAUAAGGAGGUGGACAGGAACUGGCUCGAGGGGGAGCACCACGGCCGCGUGGGCAUCUUCCCCUCCAACUACGUGGAGAUCCUGCCCCCCACGGAGGUGCCCAAGCCCAUCAAGGCUCCCGCGCUCCAGGUGCUGGAAUACGGCGAGGCGCUGGCGCUCUACAACUUCCGAGGGGAUCUGCAAGUGGAGCUCUCCUUCCGCAAGGGCGAGCGGAUCUGCCUGGUGCGGCGGGUGAACGAGAACUGGUACGAGGGGCGGAUCUCGGGCACCAGCCGCCAGGGCAUCUUCCCCGCCACCUACGUGCAGGUGCUGAAGGAGCCGCGGGUCAAAGCCACGGCCGAGGACAUCCCCUCCUCUCCCGGCCCCGCCAGCCCCCGGCCCGCGGCCGGGUCCCCGUCCCUGCAGCGCUUGCCCGGUCCCCGGACCCCUCAGGCUGCCCCCGGCUCCCCCCGGGAAGCGAAGCGGGGUCCGGGGCUGGCGGGCGGGCGUCCGUCCUCCCCUCGCCACCUCGGCGCCACCUUCCCCCCCUCCCCGAAGCUGCCCCACGCUGGCACCCCCAGCCCCUUGGUGGCCUCUGCCAGCCCCCCGCACCCCGCGGCCGCCCACCCCCAGGAGCCCUGGCGUCCCGCCUGGACCCCCGAGCAGCGCGGCACCCCCGGGGCACAAACCCGCGCCCGCCCCGAGCCCGCCCCGUCCUACAACGGCUCCGAAAUCCGCUGGACUCCGUACCGGGCGCUCUACCAGUACCGGCCCCAAAACGCCGACGAGCUGGAGCUGCUGGAAGGGGACCGCGUGGAUGUCAUGCAGCAGUGCGACGACGGCUGGUUCGUGGGAGUGUCCAGGAGGACGCAGAAGUUCGGCACUUUCCCCGGGAAUUACGUGGCGCCGGUGUGACCCGUGGGGCUGGGGGCUACCCCUGCCCCGCCCCGGCCGCGCUGUGUCCCCGCCGUGUCCCCCCACGGGGGUGAAGCGCCUCCAGCUCCCUCCCGCCCCUAUGGGGCUGCCUCUAACAGGGACAAAUCCCCCCAGAGCGGGGGGUCUCCCCCACCCCAGUGCCUUAACCCGCCCCCUCCUCACCGCUGCCCGCUGCCACCGCCCCGGGGGUCGCCCGGGGGUCCCGCCGGUGCCGGGCCUGACCAUGAACGGCCGCGACCCGGGCUGUGGGUCCGUGUCCGGGAGUCGCCUUCGCUUCUUUUCCGUCAUUAAAGCUCAGCUCAGCCCGA